CACCGACGGCGUCAACACGUCUGGAAACAUAAAUGCAUUGGCCUACCCUCAGCCCAUCUGCCCAACGCUCUCAUUCACUCUCCCAUUCCCCCAGUCUCUCCAUUGUUCACUCAUACCCAGCUCCGUCCCCAUCUCCGGCGACAUGUCCGCUUCGUCUACAUCAUCUCUCCCCGUCCCGGCGGACUGGCUGCUACCCCUGAUGGCAUGUCCACUCUGCGGCGACGAGGUAGUGACAGCCGUCGCAAGGAGUGGGAACCAGUCACAUUGUAUGCAGUUCCUUCUAUUAGGAGGCGGCCAAAUUCCUCAAACAUAUUCCUUGUAUAUAUUUUGCUGGCAUGGCGCUCUAUCGCAAGCUUUCAUUGCGCUCACGGUCAAACUGAAGCCUCAUGUAUUGCCGGACAAAAACAUGCAUCGGGCUUGCGGGGGGCAUGUAUGACUUCAGCAUAUGGUCCGCCCAUCAUGCGAAUGAAUUCUGAAAACACGCCAUUCGAAGCUCUCUUCCUGCUCGUCGCGCAUCAACACUCCUGCCAGGAUGAUACUCUGAUAGUGAUUGUUAACUCCAACAAAUAGACCGAAUGGCAUGUCGUACAGAUUUGUCCUGUAUGUGGUGUCGAAUGUGACCACGUCACCAAAGAACUUGUACUGCAUCCUGCUGCUCCCAUUAGCCCACAUGAGAUUCUUCACCUUGUUGUCUUUCUCGGCGAGCACCACAAAGGAGAAUCCAGGGUCACUCGACCGAAUGUAGGCAAACACCUGUAGUGUCUUCCGUACAUCAUCUUCAACCUGCUCACGACUAAUCUUCUCACAAAUGUUCCUCAGUGUCCUUUUAGUGAAAGGCACCUUCUCAACCGAACCAAAGAAGCUCCCAAUUAUGAUGUAUACAUUGCCAAGGUUGACGUUGUUCUCCCUCAA